AUGUCUCCUCCCGAGACAUCUCGAGGCAGAGCUAAACUGCCUCAGGAACAUAGCAACUUCGCGGCAGGACUACAUGAUUUACCAGAGUUGAAAGUUCCUGACGCGAUCAAUGAUGAUAUUCUUCGUGCCAUGAUGCUUGCUUCAGAAGGGGUCACGGUCUCGUCGGAACCUAAAAUUCGGGAUGCGGAAUGUCUCCUCCAGAGUAUCAUAGGGAACAUAGAGAAACUGAAAGACGAGGAAGGUGAACCAGAGGAAGGCGACGACACUUGGACUCUUAAAGCGUACAGUGAGAUCGCUGCCGUCUAUGGUAUUCUUGGAAUGACGCAACAAGAAAAGGAGAUGUCUAAGAAUCUUUUGGUCAAUAUGGAAGCAAGACGAGGACCAAAUGACCCGGAGACUCUUUUCAUUGUCCAGAGAGAUGCUCUUCGAUACUGGGAUUGGGGCAGCCUGGAAGAUGCUGUAUUGCUUUUCGAACGUGCUCAAGAGGGCCAAUCAAAAACCUUUGGAGAAGACACUAUCCAUGUCAUCAAAAACACGCUGUGUCUUGCUGCUACUGCUAUGACACUUUCAUUUAAAUAUGCUGGUGAAGGCAAGGAGGAUUUGAGGGCUGAAAAGUAUCGGCAGAGCACUAAAGCCUCGGAACGGGUGGAGGCUUGGGAAGCAAAGAUGCUUAGCGGUGAUCUUGUUCGAGUUCCCGAUGUCUACUUGCUGAUAAAAGCCACUCGACAGAUGAUAUUGCGCAAGCUUCAAAAGAGAUCUUAG